GUUUGGAUUCUAUUGCCUCCAGUGAAAUGGGGAAUGUUUAUACCUCAAGCUUUCUAGCUGGUGCUGUAUUCUGGCCUUGUCAUCAUCCGACAACAUGCAUAUUCUCCAAAGGCAGCCCAUCGACGUCGAGUCAACACUAGCGUCAUUGACUCUUGCUGAGAAGAUCUCUCUUCUCUCUGGAUCCGACUUUUGGAAUUCUCAAGCCAUUACACCUCAUGGUAUUUCUUCUGUGAAAUGCACCGACGGUCCCAAUGGUGCCAGGGGUGGGAGAUUCUUCAACCCUGUUCCAGCAUUAUGUAUCCCUUGUGGGACGGGCCUUGGUGCAACGUGGAACCCAGAUCUGCUCUAUUCAGCAGGUCAACUACUUUCUAGAGAAUGUGAUGCGAAAGGGGCACACGUUUGGCUGGGCCCAACUGUGAAUCUCGUUCGAGGACCUCUAAACGGCCGUGGCUUCGAGAGCUUCUCUGAAGACCCGCAAUUAAGCGGCGUCCUGGCUACAUCCAUUAUACACGGUGUACAGAGUAGGGGGACCGCAGCUGCCUUGAAACAUUUCGUUGCGAAUGACCAAGAAACAGCCAAAAUGUCAACGGAUAUCUGCAUGUCAGAGAGGGCGUUGAGAGAAGUCUACCUGAAACCCUUUCAAAUGGCCGUCAGAGAUGCCAAACCCAAGAUCGUUAUGUCUUCAUAUAACAAGGUGAACGGUGUGCACGUGUCGGAGAGUAAGAAGCUGUUGGGGAACAUAUUAAGAGGCGAGUGGGGAUUUGACGGUUUAGUCAUGAGUGACUGGUACGGCACAUAUUGCUGCACCGAUGCACUCAACGCCGGCAUUGAUAUCGAGAUGCCGGGUCCUUCGCGGCAUCGCGCUGACAAGGCCUUGGUAGCAGUCGUUUCAGGGAAAGUCAGUCGCAAGACGAUAGACGAGCGAGCCAGAAAGGUCCUCGAGCUCGUCAAUGCCACAGCUUCAGCCAGAGUGUCAACAAAAGAGACGACUCGAGACUCACCAGAUGACAGAGCGCUAAACAGGCGACUCGCGACAGAGAGCCUCGUGCUUCUGAAGAACUCAGAUAACAUCUUGCCCAUCAACCCUGAAGAGUGUGAGGAUGUCGCUAUCAUCGGACCAAACGCCAAACUUCCUGCAGCAUGUGGUGGAGGAAGUGCAAACUUGCGACCAUAUUACACAAGCUCUGUCUUUCAAGGGAUCUGUGACCAACUCCCCACAAAUGCAAAGGUGCAUUUUGAACCUGGGGUAUUCGGUCACGUCUUACUGCCAUACUUGACAGGCGACCACGUCACGGAUGAGAAUGGGGUUCCAGGUGUCUCCAUUUCCUUCUUUAAUGAGCCAGAGUCAGCAUGGCAGACAAGGAAGUUUUUUGACCAGCAGAGUAUACCCGAUACAACAUAUCAGCUGAUGGACUAUGACCACCCAGAAAAGGUUGAGACGUUCUAUAUGUCUAUGACUGCUUAUUACAAGCCAGAUAUAGACGGAACCUACGAGUUCGGCCUCGCUAGCUAUGGAACCUCGAGGCUGUACAUAGACGAACAUCUAGUCAUCGACAACGCGACAUCACAGACUCAUGCUGGAAUGUUUUUCGGUCAUGGAUCAAGAGAAGAGCGUGGGAUAUAUGAGAUGAGGGCGGGCCAGACGUAUCGAUUGCGCGUUGAAGCUGGCAGUGCAUCGACCUCAAUAACUACAGGCGGCUCCUUCAUACCAGUACCUGGAGGGGCAUGUCGGCUCGGGGGCUGUCUUAAGCUUGAUCCAGAAGAAGGCAUCAGACGUGCUGUCGCAGUUGCAAAGAAGUGCAAGCACACUUUCGUUGUAGUCGGUCUCAAUGCAGAUUUUGAGAAGGAGGGUAAGGAUAGAGAGUCCAUGAGCUUACCGCCGCAGGUCGAUGACCUUGUCUCUGCGGUACUAGAAGCUCAACCGAACGCUGUCGUGGUGACUCAAGCUGGCAAUCCGAUUGAUAUGCCAUGGCGUCACGAAGCGAAAACUAUCUUGCAUAGCUGGUACGGGGGAAACGAGGCGGGAAAUGCUGUUGCAGAUGUAGUCUUUGGCAAGGUCAAUCCCAGUGGCAAGUUGCCUGUCACAUUCCCAAGCAGGCUCCAGGAUGGACCGACUUUCUUAAGUUUCGGAAGUAAUAAUGGAAGGAUCUACUAUUCCGAGGAUGUUUUUGUCGGGCAUCGCUGGUUUGAUGCUCGUGGCAUUGAGCCAGCCUUCGCAUUCGGCCACGGUCUAAGCUACACAACAUUCUCGACAUCCAAUAUCCGGGUCGCGGAGGAUGGGGUACGCGUUGACGUCAAGAACACAGGCAAGAUGGCUGGGUCUGAAGUCGUGAUGCUUUCAGUCUCUUACAACGCGGCAAAGUCAGGUCAGAAGUCGAGAUUUCACCGCCCUGUGCGAACACUCGUUGGAUUCCAGAAGGUGUUCUUGGAACCUGGUCAAGAAGCGACCGCGUUUAUGGCAUUGGACAAGUAUAGUACCGCAGUUUGGGACGAGACAGUGGAUAGCUGGCUUUGCGAAGCCGGAACAUAUAUAGCCUCUGUGAGAAGCUCAAGUGAGAACUUGGAAGCGAGCUUCAAGGUGGACAGGGAUAUGUACUGGAACGGACCGUGA